AUGUCCUAUCGUUUUGCCUAUCCAAAUGGAGGAGCUACACUUGGCUAUAGUAUGGAUCCAACAUUAAUGUCAGCUGGUUAUCCAAGUGCUUAUGAUGAUCAUCAAAGAUCAUAUUCACCAGAAUCAUUUUCAUCGGAAAGUGAAAGUGACGAUAGUUAUGAAUAUCGAGGUCGAAUGAUUACACGUGAUAGUAGAUGUUCACGUGAUGUUGUUCGUGCUAGAACACCACCUCCGAUUAUUAAACGAGUAGUUGAACGAGCUCCAACACCUGAAGCACUUGUCAUGGAACGAGUUAUUAUUCGACCACAGCCUCAGGAAAUUGUUGAACGUGUUAUUGAACAACCACGUACACCACCACCACGUAUUAUUCAAAAAGAAAUGCAUGAAGAAGCACCACCACCAAUUGUUCGAACACGAGUUAUUAAAGUCGAUCGACCCGUUCGUAGUGGUUAUAGUCAACCAGGUUCACCAUACGGUAAUCCAUGUAAUGCAUUACCAUCAUUCUCAAAUGGUAUGAUUGCUGGUGGUGGUGGUUAUCGUUCUCAAUCAAUUGCUGGUUCUGUUGGACGACCAUCUUUAGGACAUGGUGGUCUUGAUCCUAAUACAAGUUUUUCAUCGGAAUCAAGUUUUGAAUAUAUCCCACAAACAUCUAUGACACCUGGUAUGCCACCACCAUCAUCCGCAGCAAUGAUGAUGUUACCUGCAUCAUCACAACAACAGCAACAAUCAAUGGGUCUUAUGCAACAACAGCAACCAGUACAACAACAACUUAUGUAUCGACCUGUUCAAAUGCAAUCAGCAAUUCCACCAAUACCUUCAUCAUAUAUGCCUCAAAAUUACAUGUAUCCUAUGCCUCGUCCAGGAAUGUCAUUUGGUUAUCAUCCAAUGAUGCAACACGGUCGAAUGAUUCCAAGUGGUAUGCCAAUGAUCGCUUCUGGUAAUUCACUUGGUCCACCAACAAGUAAUUUUUCUAAUCAAUUAUCUUUAUUUAAUCCAAUGGCUCAACAAAUGGUUUAUUAA